AUGUCCCGGGUCCCAGAACUCCUGUUGGCUUGGUUUGUAGGUGCGGGAGCACAAUGCAGGGAGCUUUACACGACUAAGAAGGUCGACGGCACCGCGGUCUGCUGGGGCGUCUGCGACCGUGGCGGCUGCUGCGCAGACAUAGCAAGCCAAUUGACGUCAGUUGAUGUGAUCUAUCCGACCUGCUGUGCAUUCGCUGCCAAAAGGCUCGACGGCACGGUGGUGACCUGGCCAACUACGGGUACGGGCGCCCAAUAUGGUGGGGACUCCUCCGCCGUGGCAAGCGAUUUAACGUCAGUUGAUGUGAUCUAUGCAAAUUAUGGUGCCUUUGCAGCAAAGAAGCUCGAUGGCACUGUCGUCACCUGGGGCGAUUCCGGCCAUGGUGGGGACUCCUCUGCCGUGGCCCAUCAGUUGACCUCAGUUGAUGUGAUCUAUACAGCGGAGAGGGCCUUCGCCGCCAAGAAGAGCGAUGGUUCGGUGGUCGCUUGGGGCGCGCCGGGCGCUGAAGUGCUAAGUGAGUUUGCGUCAGUGGAUGCGAUCUAUGGAAGUAGGUGGAGCUUCGCUGGGUUGAAGUCCGACGGUGGCGUGGCUGUAUGGGGUUUCAGUGUCGAUCCGGUCCAGGCUGCUGAUGCCUGCCCCUACCGAUCACUGUGA